UGUCAUUUCAUUUUAUCCCCAAUUAUCUGAAAAUUCUCGCCUCUAUUAAAUAACUAAUACCCCUCACCUCCGCCUUCUACUCUCCACCGCGGCUGCAGCGCCAGUGAGCGUUGCUUCCUCUUACCGCGAGAGAAAGAGAGGGAUGGGGAAGGAAGAGAAGCUGGUGGUGGAGGUGGUGGCGGCGCACAACUUGAUGCCUAAAGAUGGGCAGGGUUCGUCGUCGCCGUUCGUGGAGGUGGAGUUCGAGCACCAAAAGCGGCGGACGAGCUCGAAAGCGAAGGACUUGAACCCGGUUUGGAAUGAGAGGUUGGUUUUCUCUAUCUUUGAUCAUGAUGAUUUGCCCUACCGUGCCAUUGACGUUGGUGUCUACAAUGAGCGCGGGGUCGGUCCCGGCGGCCGGAACUUUUUGGGGAAGGUGCGCGUUCCCGCCGCCGGCGUCCCUGCCCCGGGGGAGGAGGCCGUUCCCCAGCUCUUCACCCUCGAAAAAAGGAGCCUUUUUUCUCACAUUCGCGGAGAGAUAAGUCUUAAGAUAUACCGGACCACCGGCGACGGAGCCCCCGCGGCGGCGGGGAACAAUGAUAAGAGGGUUGCGAAGGCCAAGGCGCACGUGCCGGAGAAGCCGCAGACGAAACAAGCCGCGAUGGCGGUGGUCCAACCUCCUCAAACCCAGAAGCCCGCUGUGCCGCCGGUUGGGCCGGCCGACCACCCUGCUCCGCCCGACGUCAAGCCGGUGGUGCUCGCCUCUGGCUCGCCCAUGGGCCAUGAACCGUACCCCGGCGCCGGGGUCAUGCCCGUCGGCCAGGACUUCGCUCUGAAGGAGACCCGUCCCCAGCUCGGCGGCGGAGGCGGUGGUGGCGGCGCCCACCGCAACAAGGCGAGCGCCACCUACGACUUGGUCGAGCAGAUGCAGUACCUUUACGUCCGGGUGGUCCGCGCCCGGGACCUCCCUCUCGCCGGGGGCGGCGAGUCCCACGCGGAGGUGAAGCUCGGGAACUACCGGGGGCUGACCCGCCCUGCCGGAACCCACUACUGGGACCAGGUUUUCGCCUUCUCCAAAGACACCAUCCAGUCGUCGGCGGUGGAGAUAUUCGUCAAGGAGAAGGACAAAGAGGAUUUCAUCGGACGGCUGGCUUUCGAUCUCAGCGAGGUCCCGCGACGGGUCCCUCCGGACAGCACGCUGGCUCCGCAGUGGUACCGAAUGGAAGACAGGAAAGCGGAGAAGGUCAAAGGAGAGGUCAUGGUCUCGGUCUGGUUCGGGACCCAGGCGGACGAGGCCUUCGCCGAGGCCUGGCACUCCAAGGCCGCCGGUGUCCACGGGGACGGCCUCGCCUCAAUCAAAUCCAAAGUAUACGUCGCGCCCAAGCUCUGGUACCUCCGCGUCUCCGUUAUCGAGGCCCAGGAUCUCGUCCCCGGCAAAGAAGGCGCCGCCGCGAUGGGCCGGUUGCCGGACCUCUUCGCUAGGGCCCAAGUCGGGAACCAGGUGCUCCGGACCCGGUCCGCCCCCGUCACGCCGAAUCGCGGUCCGUCCAACCCACUCUGGUACGAAGAUCUCAUGUUCGUCGUGGCGGAGCCGUUCGAUGACGUGUUGAUGGUUUCUAUCGAGGACCGUCUGGGUCCCAGCAAGGACGAGAUCCUGGGCCGGGUUGUGAUCCCGGUUUCGGCCAUCGAGCGGCGGAUGGACGAGAAGCCGGUGGCGUCCAGUUGGGCCACGCUCGACCGGGGUCAGCCCGGAGGGCCGGGACGGUUCGGGAGCCGGGUGCACCUCCGGCUUAGCCUGGACGGCGGGUAUCAUGUGCUGGACGAGGCGACCGCGUACAGCAGCGACCUCCGGCCAACGGCGAAGCAGCUGUGGUCCCCGCACGUGGGGGUCCUCGAGCUCGGGGUCUUGGGGGCUUCCGGCCUGAUGCCGAUGAAGGUCCGGGAGGGGAAGGGUGGGACAACCGACGCCUACUGCGUGGCCAAGUACGGCCAGAAGUGGAUCCGGACUCGGACCGUCGUCGAUUCGGUGUCCCCCCGGUGGAACGAGCAGUACACCUGGGAGGUGUUCGACCCUUGCACCGUCAUCACCGUCGGCGUCUUCGACAACUGCCACAUCGACAAGAAUCCCGCCCAGGCCGGCGGUGGCGGGCCCCGCGACAGCAGGGUCGGAAAGGUGCGGAUCCGGCUGUCCACUCUGGAGACCGAUCGGGUGUACACCCACGCUUACCCGUUGCUGAUGUUGCAUCCAUCCGGUGUGAAGAAGAUGGGGGAACUCCACCUGGCCGUCCGUUUCUCGUGCGCCAACACAGCGAACAUGCUCCAUGCCUACAUCCGCCCGCUGCUCCCCAAGGUGCACUACGUGGACCCUUUGAUGGUUCGGCAGGUGCAGAACCUGCGGUUCCAGGCGACUAACGUGGUGGCUGCCCGGCUAGGCCGGGCCGAGCCGCCGCUUGGCCGGGAGGUGGUAGAGUACAUGCUCGACCAUGGGUCCCACCUGUGGAGCAUGAGGCGGAGCAAGGCCAACUUCUUCCGUCUCGUCUCGGUGCUCUCCGGUCCCAUCGCCAUCGGCCGUUGGGUCGAUGCGACCCGCAGCUGGCACCGCCCCGUGCACUCGUUCCUCUUCGUCGCUCUCUAUGUCGUGUUUGCCUUGUUCCCGGAGCUGAUCCUUCCGACCGCGUGCUUUACAAUGGCGGGAGUGGGGCUGUUGCGGUACCGGUGGCGGCCGCGCCACCCGCCGCACAUGGACACCCGGCUGUCGCAUGCUGAUGCGGUAUACGCGGAUGAAUUGGACGAGGAGUUUGAUACGUUCCCGACGAGCCGGAGCGGAGAGCUUGUGCGGAUGAGGUAUGACCGGCUGCGGAGCGUGGCGGGGCGGGUGCAGACGGUGGUGGGGGACAUGGCAUCUCAAGGAGAGAGGGUACAGGCACUGCUGAGCUGGAGGGAUCCGCGGGCGACGUUCCUCUUCAUGCUCUUCUGUCUGAUGGCAGCUGCGGUGUUCUUUUUCGUUCCCUUCCGGGCACUGAUGGUGGCAUGGGGGAUCUAUGUGCUGAGGCCACCGAGGUUCAGGAACCGGCUGCCGUCGCCGGCGAUGAGCUUCUUUAGGAGGCUUCCAAGUAAGGCUGAUAGCUUGUUGUGAAAGAAGUGGGAAAAAUGGUGCAUUGUUUUGGAUUCUUGGAAGGUACAGUGGUUUUGGUGUAGUGUUGCUCCCUGGCUAGCUGUUUGUUGCGAGUGGUUGCGUCCCUGUAGCGGUAGGUUGUUUAUUUUAUCAUUAUGAUGUUGUAGUAAUGUGGAACAUGGAGCUUGUCGUUUUGUACCAGGUUCCUAUGUAUUUAUAUGUAAGUGUUUGUCAUGUAUUGGUGUUUGUACUUGGUCCAAAGUUGUUUGGAGCAAUGUAUGGAUCAUUGCCUUUUUGUUGUUGUUAAAA